GGAACAAGAGCUCCAGCAGAGACUUUCCAGUAGGUUGGCUCCACCUAGGACUAACCAGGGGGAUUGUGACAAGGAUAAAGAUGACUUCUGAAGAUUUUUCUGCAACAGAGACCAGCUCCUUGCACCUGAAAAGAGAACAACAAAGUCAUGUCACUGGAACUUACUCUGCAACAUAUCAUGAAGGGUCCAUUCAAGUUCCUAUCCCAUGUGCUGUAGUAAAUGUGGUCUUCAUCACCACUCUCAUCAUAGCUCUCAUUGCUCUAUCAGUGGGCCAGUACAACUGUCCAGGACAAUAUGUGUCAUCAGCACCACCAAACACCCAUGUGUUUCCAUGCUCAGACGAUUGGAUUGAACACAACGGGAAAUGCUAUCUUAUUUCCAAGAAAACAAAGAACUGGACCUUGGCCCAAAACUCUUGCUCCAAACACGGUGCCACUCUUGCUGUCAUUGAUUCUAAAGAGGACAUGAACUUUUUAAAACAACAUGUGGGUAGAGCUGAACACUGGAUUGGGCUGAAAAAUGAAGCUGGUCAGACAUGGAAAUGGUCAAAUGGCCAAGAAUUUAACAACUGGUUCAACCUUACGGGGUCUGAGAACUGUGCAGUUCUGAACAGUGCAGAGGUCAGCAGCACAGAAUGUGACAAGAAUUUACACUGGAUAUGUAGCAAACGUUCCAAAUAAAGAGGACAUUCUAACAUGGAACUCUAGGAAAUGUGACAAGUGUGGCUGCAUGCCGCUCUUUGGUCAGAAGUUUCCCAUAAAGACUUUGUGAAAAAAAAGCUUUGUAUUAUUUGGGAAACUUUCUUCCACACAAGACUGGAAAAAAGGAAGGAAAAUUCCAGGCAUGUCUGCAUUAUGGAAUACUCCUGCCAUGAUCUGAAAGUAUCACAGGUUGACUGAUAAAUCUUGUCCAAGGAUGAGAAAAAUGACUUCAAAGCUUUUGAGUGCACUUUAUAUAUUUUUAAUUCAGAGAUAAUAAAAUAACUAGGUUUAGAGUUAUUAUUUAUUGUUGGAUGACUACAAACAAUGUAUGCCCUUCAUGCACUUGUACUGUAUGAAGGAAUUAGACAGUGGUAUUAAAAACUGAAUGUAAACAAAGGAAAUUUUAACUGGUAGCACAGAGAUUUAGUCUAAAUGCAUUUUACCAACUCCAAGGAUAUUAGUAAAUGGGCAAAUGCUUAUGAAAUGAAGCUUUGUAAUAUUUCUCUCUUUUUAAAGAAGUUUGUCAGGAUUUUUUUUUUCAUUUCUCCCCCAAACAAUGGGAUGAUUAGCUAUUUAUAUUAUUUUUUUCACUUCUUCUCUGUAAGCUUGUCUUUUUCAAUGGUAUAUAAAUUAUUGCCUUAUAUAUAGUCUCUCACAAAGAUAAGGGAAAAAACAAAGAAUAUGAGGAAUAU